GACUGCGCAUGCGCGGGUGGAUAGGGGCCAGCGGUGUUCGGCUCCGGGGCUAACGGUGCUGUUUCUGCGCAUUUAAAGGGAAAUAAGACCACAAAUCACAUGCCUCUAUGAUCCAGUCAACACCACAGCGAUACCCACAAUAUUCAGUCUACACACGAGGUGAGCCAUGGCGGACCCGAGCUCGCGUCCCCAGAGGAAGAUGUCUACAGCAGGGGAGAGUGUGUACAGAGUGCUAGGGCUGGAGAAAGGAGCGUCGCCAGAGGACAUCAAGAAGGCCUACAGAAAACUAGCCUUAAAGUACCACCCGGACAAAAACCCAGACAACCCCGAGGCCGCAGAGAAGUUUAAGGAGAUCAACAACGCAAACUCGAUCCUAAACGAUGAAAACAAGAGGCGAGUCUACGAUGAGUAUGGCUCUAUGGGGCUGUAUGUGUCCGAGCAGUUUGGAGAGGAGAGCGUCAAGUACUACUUCCUCAUGUCCAAGUGGUGGUUCAAGAGCUUGGUAGUUUGUUGCACUCUCUUCUCUUGCUGCUGCUGUUGCUGCUGUUGCUGUUUCUGUUGUGGGAAGUGCAAACCUCCAGAGGACGAGGAGAGUUAUCAGUAUGUUGACCCAGAGGACCUGGAGGCUCAGAUCAAGGCUGACCAGGACGGAGGAGGUGCCACCAUCAUAAUAAUCCAGCCCAUGUCUAAAGGCGACAAUGCCCAGAGCCCCGUGUCAGAGCAGCCCUCCCCUGUCCCAGUCCCCACAGCCCAAACCACGCCCCCUGCAGGUGGAGCAGGUGGAGCAGGUGACGUGCCCACGUCUCCCUCUUCUCCUCCCCCCUCUCUCUCUCCUCCCCCCUCUGCGACGGCUGCUCCAGGACUCACCCCCUCCUCAGACUCGCAGCUGGAGCCCAAACAAUGAUCGAAAGUGACUGCGUAAAUGAGCCUCAACCUUGAUAAAGCCUUUGUUGUUACCGAGCCUCCUUCUGCAGCCAACUUUGGUCCACUACUCCAACCACCAGAGCCCUGCUAAGCCUCAUUGUUACCCCAAAAACAGCUCCCUGUCAGCCAGAAGAGACAAAGAGAGCCCUGGUUCACUGUUCCAACCAGACCGCCACCUUUCAACAACAUCUUACCCUAAAAACAUCUCCUUAAGUCACCUAGAAGAGACAAAGAAAGCCCUGGGUCGCUGCUUCAACCAGACCACCAGUAAGUCACAUCUUUACCCCAAAAACAGCUCCUUAAGUCACCCAGAAGAGACAAAGAGAGCCCAGGUUCACUACUCCAACCACCUGGAUUUAUUUUAGGUUUAAAUGUCUAACCCAACUUUUAACUUCAUUCACUAAUUAUCAACCUUUUGCAUUCAAUAAAGAGGAUAUAUAACUAAAAAAUAACAGAAAUUGACAUUUUUGGCAGCCAUUUUGGACUUUUUAAGUAAUUCUGACUCUAUUUUUAUUCCAGCAUUGCCAUUAAAACAAGAUAAUAAGAUAGUGACGUGAGCAUCUAUUGCCUUGUGUUUUGGAAACUUUUUAAUGCAGACUAUGUGAAAAUUAACUAACAUUUCUGAGCCAAAUCUGGACUGAAGACUGUUAACUUUCCCUCAAAAAGCAUGUUUUUAUGUCCAGCGCAUGUCCCUUAUGUAACUGUAAAACUGAAAUAGCAGGACAACUCACAAAGUAAGUGUCAAAUGGACUCUUUCAAUGUUAGAGAGAAUACAUUGUCAUUAGUAUAAUCUUCUAUUUUGUUCGCAUUGUCAUGGAGGUCAUCAGUCCCCUCCCACUUCCAAGUCAGCUCCGGUUGUGGAAUUAAAAGUUCCAUUAAUUUUUCUAAUAGAUUUUUCGAACUAUUCUAAUAUUAAAGAGGGGAUAUUAUACAAAAUUGACUAUGACCCCGACCCUUAUGGUUAGCUGUAAGAUUCUGUACAAGGCUCCACCCACAAGCCGACAUCCAUGCUCCCACAUGACCAUUCUCCAUAAAUAUAUGAAAACAUGAUGCAAAACUGUACUCAGUAACUUGACAAGCUUGAUGUGAUUUGCAGUAGUUUCAUUAGCAGGAUGCACGCUGACUGUUGUGAAAGUGCUCUGAAGGUGGAGUGACUUAGCACAGAGAGCAAAGACACAGGAGACUCAGAUUCAAAAACAAAAGUGAAACUUCUCAAAAAAUGUGUUAAUAUGUUGUUUUCGGUGAAUAUAGCAUUUUCAAAACAAAAAAACCUAACAUGGGAAUCUAAAUAUGUUAUGUGUUAGCAGUUAAUACUCCACAGAAAUAAAAUACCCCCCUUUAAGUCAGAAACUAUAGUUUUAGCCAUAUUUAUAUAGUUUUUGGGGUCUGAAUACCUUUUUCCAUAUACACAUUAUUUUAGGUUAUGAAAUGCUCUUGCUAAUGUGUUAAAAGAGUAAGAUUGGACAUAAAGUUCUGCAAUAAUUUCUCACCAGCGGCUAAGGUUCAUGCGUUUUUAAAAAAAACACAUUAUAUUAAACCUAACUUCCCAUUGUGUACAUUAUUUAUUGGUUAAAGAGGCUAUAAAUUGCUGCAAUGGGCCCUAUUAUAUUUAGUUGUAAAUAUUUUUAUCAAAAAGCUAACAGACUGAAGGACAUCAUAAAAUUAAAAUGACUCCGGUUUCAAUAAGUGUUUAACAUUGUACAUAUAUUUUUGUAUUUUUUUUAUGUCUCGUAGUCAUACCAUGUAUUUAAUGUGUAAAGCAGUUCUGAUGGAUUGACAAUAUGGAUUCAAUAACGAGUUUGCACUUUAAUUCUAUCCUCUGCAUCCUCUGCGCCAUCUGACCCUCUCCUUUGCAUCCUCUGCUUCAUCUGACCGUCUCCUCUGUAUCCUCUGCUCCAGCUGACCCUCUCCACUGUAUCCUCCUGUCCGCCCAACCCCCUCCUCUGCAUCCUUGGUUGUCAAUCCAUAAAUGCUGCUGCGUUCUGUAGAAUCCACAUGAAAGCUCAGUGUACAUGAAGUUUUCUUUGUAGAUAUUUGUCAUAUUUUGGUUCAUUCUGUGAGUAUCGCUGAUGUGGUGGAUGUUACCUGUGGAUGAACUGUAAAUGACUUACAAAUUCAAGCAAAUAAAAGGGGAUUUUCUAA